GUUGAGGAAGCGGUGGGCGUGGCUACAAUUGUGACGCAGCAGCCGCGAAAAUCAAAAUACCCGCAACUUGUGGCGACUAUUCUUGUCUGCGUAAGCCACAUUAUUUAACACAAAGUACAUAAAAUACUUGCGGAACAUGGAGGGAGCGUCUACGAAAGGUGUUUUAAGUCACCUGAGUCUGCUGGAAGUUCAGGCAAGAAGCCGUAAAACUCAGCAGCCGAGUCGUGUGAAGGAGCUGAGGGCUAAAGCUGAGGCGCUGAUGGUGCAGAGAGACCAGCUGAAGGCGGAGAUAGAGACACACAAGAAUCUCCAGAAACUGAGGGCAGUGAUGGACAAACAGUGUGCAAAUGAAGAAGAAGAAGCAAUGGAUGAAGACUCUGAGAAUUCACAACUGCUGCGUCUGAUGGCCAGACACACACAGCUGAAAGACCUCCUGCAUGCUCAUCACAUCAUCGGUGGGUACAACGUCAUCAAGACCCGUCAAGGCAAAGGUCUGUGCGUGUCUGUGUCUACGGACUACGAGGGUGUCUACUUAGAGACCUACAACCUGGAGAUGGACCUGAAACCAACGCUGAGGAUCAGCCGUCACAACAUUCCCCCAUUCAUUCCCUUAAGCAGCCUGGCUGAGCAGAGCAACAUGCAGACGGAUGUUCGGACUCUUCUGGACCCCCUCAGCCAACAUCUCAACGCCUUUGCUGGUCGCAAGCAGCAGCUGAAGCUUGUUAAGGAACUCCAUAAAUCUGUGGAGGUGAUGGAGAGUAAUGUUCUGUGUUCGUUACUGGUGCUGAUGGUAACGGUGCCAAGAGAGAAGACGGCUGUUCUCUGCGCGCUGGAGUACGCUGACCACACCAGAUGUCUUCCCACACGAGUCCACUUUGAAUGUGCAGACAAGGAGCUUCCCGAUUCCCCCGAGUGGAAGAAAAACCACAGCCUGCUGUUGGAGACCCCUGUGCACAAAGCUUUGACAACCAUGAGAAAGAUGGGGAACAUUGUGUAACUUAUUCAUAAAUAUAAUUAAACUGUUCUACAUUUUAAUGAUAAAAACAUGCACAUUCUCAUUGUUUAUAAUGAAACACUGCUAGUUAAACUUUCCUUGAUGUUGUAAAUGUUGAGGUAUGAAACUGUUGGUAGAUUCCAAACUUUCAGGUUCCUCUACGGAGGUUUCACUUGUAUUUCCAUGUUUCUUUUGUCCUUGAGCUUUUCUAUAAACGCCGCCACCCUCUUCUGUAAAGUCUCCAUCUGAAACUGUCUCAGCCGCUCCAUUUCCUCUCGGGCUUCCUGUCGCUGCCUGGCCAGCUCCUUCUCUGAAAUCGAGUCUAUGGCUGCGAUGUUCUUCAUCUGCAUGAGCGACAGGCUGCUCUGGAUGUUUCCUCUGUGUCUCACUGAACCUGUGGGUGUGAGUGACGGCGGUGGAGCCGAUAUUGACCGACUCUGCUCCACCAGUUCACCUCCUUUGCUGUGAUACUGGGAUUUGCUGGAGAACAGUCUCGUGCCAUCGGAUGUUUCACAUGUGCGUUCUUCAAUUUCACUCAUAGCGAUGUUGACUGUAGCUUUAGGCUCGACCACCUUCACCAUCAGAACUCGCCUCUGUUCGUUCAUCAUUGAGUCUCGUCUUUGCUGAAGCAUUUUGCGAGUGUACUUGAACUGUCUGUCCAGCAUGUUGAGUUUAUGCUGGAGGUCCCUGUCCUCCUUCUGGUUCAGCACUCUCAGAUCCCUCUGCAGCAGAGCAGCUCCCCUCAAACUUUUAUCCAUCAUACACCAGAAAGCUGGAGGGAGAAAUACGUGUUUUUAAACCAACCUCUUUCACUGAGUCAGUCACUUCUUCUGUUUAAAUUAAAGCAGAUGAUGUCGUCUUCUUACCUGAUUGCUGUCCCCCGGAGCGCUCUGCUGUACAGGUGUGUUUGCUGCUAUGACCGUCUCAGCGUGCGUAACAUAAUAGCCUAUUAUGUCUGAAGUAAAGUGGAUGGGAUUGUUGGUCAUUGUGAACUGUCACAUUCCUUAAACAGAUUAAAUUACAACAUGUCGUGCAGUCACAAGGCUUCUUGCAGCUUACACAAUAAAUAACAAUGACUCACUUUGUGAAAGGUA